AUGCUAUUAGAUUACGUAGCGGGAGGAGAGCUGUUUACUCAUUUGUACCAAAGAGAUCAUUUCACAGAAGAUGAAGUUCGUAUUUACAUAGGGGAAAUUAUAUUGGCAUUAGAACAUUUACACGCUCUGGGCAUCAUCUAUAGAGAUAUUAAACUGGAGAACAUCCUGGUGGACGAAACGGGUCACAUCGUUCUCACGGACUUCGGAUUAAGCAAGGAGCUCCCGAGGGAAGAUUCGAAACAAAGAGCAUAUUCCUUUUGCGGUACCAUCGAGUACAUGGCGCCCGAAGUGGUUAAAGCUGGAACUCAAGGACACGAUAUCGAGCCUGUAAUACCUGACUAA